AUGACUAAAGUGACACAAGUAUAUGCACCAUUACCAUCUGUUACAAGAGGAAAACCAGUCCAUAUAGGGUAUAAUGACCAUAAUAAGAUGGGGACACAUAUUGUUUAUCCAACAGGGAAUUGUAUAGUUAUUAAGAACGUUAACAAUCCAUUAGACACGGAUAUUUAUUAUGAACAUACAAGUGAAACUACAUGUGCGAAAUAUAGUCCAAGUGGAUAUUAUAUUUGUUCAGGGGAUGUUCAAGGAAAUGUUAGAAUAUGGGAUACGACACAAAAAGAACAUCCAUUAAAGUUUAGUUUUAAAGCACUUUCUGGACCAAUUUAUGAUAUUGCAUGGACUGGAGAUAGUCAAAGGAUAUGUGUAGUUGGAGAAGGAAAAGAGAAAUUAGGAAGUGUAUUUAUGUGGGAUGCUGGAUCAUCAGUUGGAGAGAUUUCAGGACAAACAAAAACAUUAUUGUCAUGUGAUUUUAGAGGAACACGACCAUUUAGAUUAAUUACAACGGGAGAAGAUAAUUAUCCAUGUUGGUUUGAAGGACCACCAUUUAAAUUUAAGAAGAGUAUGAAAGAUAUUCAUAGCCGAUUUAUUAAUUGUGGAAGAUUUUCACCAGAUGGAAGUUUGUGUGUUUGUGUAUCAAGUGAUAAAAGUAUAUCUGUAUUUGAUGGGAAACC